UUUUUCGCGGACCAAACGUCGCUUAAAACAGCUUUAAAGCUCCCUUGAACUACGGUUAAAGAUCACCUUAACUCACGAUAUUUUAUACCGUUUAUUCCGCGAUAAGCGACUGCUACCCUCAAAAUAUCCCCCAAAGGGGCCCCAAGCAAUCAGUUUCCAAUUCACACAAAUACAAACGAUAGAAUCACCGAUGGGUGCUGCAAUUUACCACAGCCAGCCAGAAACAGAUAAGCACAAAUCUCUAAUUUCCCCGGGUCCCACUAAUAUAAUACUGAAAUCAACGGCCACGAUAAGCCCGUUACAUAGAAUUGUCAAACCGUCACAUCUACCGUCUAUUUUAACCUGUAACAGUAGAAGUAAAGAAGCGGAGGCGGUAGAUUUUUAACCAAACCAUGGUUAUACCGAACAACUACGGGUUCGAAAAUGCAGUUUAUAACGAAGAGAACCGCUCCUCCUCUGAGAAUCAGAGAACGAUGUCCAAAAAUGAUGAUCAGAGAAUUAAUCCGACCAAAUCCCACCGUCGAAAUCCCCAAGUGGGACCCAUUCAAUGAUCUGAUGGCUAACUUUCCCUCCGUUAGCUAUAACUGCAAUGAGCCCAACAGUCCUUGUCCGGUCGACUACCUCGCGUCCAUCCACUGUUGCCUCCCGUCAAACGACUUUGAGACUGACUCGUUGACUGAGGAAUCCGACUUACCUGUGGAUGCAUUCUCAUGCGACCAUUUUCGGAUGUACGAGUUCAAGGUGAGGAGAUGCGCUCGUAGCAGGUCACAUGACUGGACUGAGUGCCCGUACGCCCACCCGGGUGAGAAGGCUAGAAGAAGAGACCCGAGAAAGCUCCCUUACUCUGGAAAUGCUUGCCCUGAUUUUCGCAAAGGAAACUGUAAAAAGGGGGAUUCCUGCGAGUUUGCUCAUGGCGUUUUUGAAUGUUGGCUCCACCCUGCUCGCUACCGUACCCAGCCAUGCAAAGAUGGUACAAGUUGUACAAGAAGGGUUUGUUUUUUUGCUCACACGCCGGAGCAGCUUCGAGUGUUGCCCCAGCGGAGUCCGAGAGGUAGUGGGUCCGGUUCUGGUGAUUUGGAUUAUGUUAGCUCACCCUUACGACACCGUCUAGACUUUGUUUCUUCACCUACUUCUAUCCUGGCAUCACCUCCAAUAUCGCCACCUUCAGACUCCCCUCCUAUGUCGCCAAGUGGCUCAUUUAAUCUGGUGAGUCAACUUGCUGCUUCUAUGCGUAAUUGCAAGCUUGAUAAGGCUAAAAUAAUCGAUACUUGUUCCUUGGGCCUGCAAAGGGGAUCAAGUUUCGGUUCUCCUAGGUGCUCCGCGCUCCGGCCCGGGUUUUGCAGCUCUCCUUCAACUCCAACUCGUACACUGAUUCGGCCUCGCCUUGGUCGGUUCGAUCAUUGGGAAUGUAACGCAUUUGAAGAGGAGCCUGCAAUGGAGAGAGUGGAGUCUGGGAGAGACCUAAGGGCAAGGAUGUACGCAAAGCUGAGUGAGGAAAAUUCUCUUGAUCGACUUGAUCCAGCUGCAUCGGGUCCUGAUGUUGGGUGGGUAUCCGAGUUGGUGAUGUGAAGCUGAUCCGUUUAGAAUGGACUGGAUGGUGGGUUCUGGUAACUCGGGAUUUAUUUGGGGGAAUUUGAAAACAACACCGGUGGCCUUCGAUUCUUCUGACGUUGUGAAUAUUGAUGAUGUUUCUGAUUUGGAUAAUUAGCACUGUGAAUAGACGACUGGGAAAGAGAGAUCGGAGAAGUCUCUAUUUUGUGGUGCUGCUCUUUCUUUCAUUUUGUUUUUCGGAAAAAAAAAAGAUGAUUGUAACUUUUGUAUAGACAAGAGGGAUUUGCUGUGGCUGCCGAAGAAUGGGUAGCGGAGUGUUUCUGAUUUUGUCUAUUAUGAAUCGUAAUUUCCUUCUCAUAUUCUUCCUCAUUAUCUCUGUAUUUUCUUGUCAUGGCUAAGCAAUGUAAUAUAUUUCUUCAUUCCGUCUUCUUUUACUCUUUUGCCUGAUUCGCUUGAUAGGAUAAUACCAGUGUUAGCAUACUAGAGCCGAACAGAAUUCUUUUUCUCCAAAAGAAGAAACAAAAUUUGAUAUUCAACUUUUUCCUUUUUUGUAGAGUUUUUAUGGUCCCCUGGGGGAAAGUUUAAUUCACGGUAGACUUACAGGGAGACCAAAAAUCAGCAGUUUUCGGCCAGAAAAACAAAAAGGAAAAGGUGGGAACAAGCUAUCUGAUCUAAAGGCUCUGGAACUAAAAUAGGCAAAGGGCGACUAUUAUCAAAAUUUCUGGUUCUAGUGCCCUCCUCGUCUCAUCACACCUGAUUAUUAGCAUCAUCCAUGUUUUUCCUUGUUUGAUGCAUACGUUUGUAUUAUAGUAUGUAAAAAAACAAAAAAAAGGAUUAGUCUUUACAUUAUCAUUUCAAAGUGGGAAAUGGGGAAAACUUAUCUUGGGGUGGUUGAAUUCUUAAAUCUGUAGGUAAAUCAUCAUACUUUCC